AUGAACUUUGAGAGACACCGACCGAAACCCCUCUACGUCUCUCUCCCAACUACUCUAGACACCCAACUGAAUCUGAACCGGCGAAAAAACUCCGAUUUCGAUGGUUUCAGAGUGACGGUUGGUUGCAGUGCGAUGGCUCCUGUGUUCGACGGCGAUGGCUGGUUGCAGUCCGACCGGUUGUCGAGGAAAAAGCGAGACAGAGACGGGGAGAGAGGAAGGAGGUGGCGGUGGCGUGGGGUUUAG